AUGGAAGACGCCAAAAAACGGGCGUCCUCCAUUCGGACAUAUGGCAGUGCCAUGAGCAAGGCUGUGGACCUGCUUAGCCGAACAGUCUUUGGGAAGCCCUGGGAUGAGCGCUAUCGCCCUCCUGGAGCAUAUACAGGUGAAUUGCUGGGAAUCGAGUACCUUUACAGCCAGACUGGCAAAACACUGACUCCAAUGCUCCAGAACCCAGUGGAGGAAGAACGGUUGGUGGAGGAGGUUGAUGAUCAGGACCUGCUAGAUGAGUGGUUUGAGGAAGAGAGCAUGGAGGACAUCACAGUUCCAGUGCUGUAUGAGGAUGACCCCUGCCUCAGAAACACCCCCUCAUCUUUGCCUCUGCCUCAGUCCCCAGCAUCACUGGCUGAGCCGUCCACAUCAUCUGGAGGAGAGGGACAGCAUCUCGCCCCUGCCUCUUCAGUGCUGUCACAGCCAUCUGACACUGGAAGCAGGGUCUGCGUCAUUGGACCUGAUGGCAUCGCUGGAUGGGACAAGGUCCAGGAUCUGGCUGGUUUCCUGGUGGGUCUUCGUGAGGCUCCUUACCUCACCGACCUGCAGGUGACAGAGGCCAUCCAGCUGUGGACAGCUCUCCCUGAUGUUGAUAAACAGCGGGUCAACUAUCAGCCUCGACAUCAGCCUCAGCUGACACAUGGGCGCUUUAAGGCACCGAAGCGGUCCGGAGUCACACCGGGUGUGGAGAGUGUGAAACGGUGUCUGAUUGGACAUCCUGGGGGUCCAGCACAGUGGCCCAGCACCAGCCGCUUGGUUGAGGCCAUUUGUAUGAAGCUGUGUGCUUUACACAAGUCACCGACCAAGAAGGCUGGAGUUUCCACCCCCAGGUGGUCUAAAAUCCUUUCAGAUUACCACCACAUCCGAGAGCUGGUGCUUAACAAUCGAAGGCUGAUGGAUGAAACAAUGAUCCAGCUGUUUGAGCUGAACCAGAGGACACUCAUUCAGUGGUUUCAACGGCAGCAGAAGAAUCAGGAAUUGAGUGUCCUUGCCCAGGGACUGACUCCAUCUGACCCAGUAGAUGUGCUGAUAUGCAGCUUCCUCUGCCGAGGGAAAAAUUGGAUGAUGUGCCAUCAACAUCAGGCCCAAAACAUCAAUUUAUCCUUCCGCCAAAUCGAGAAGGACAGGCUCCAAUUCUGCGACCGGGUCGCCGGCACGCUGCUGCCAAAUGGGAGUGCCCUAUCGCACCCGUCCCCACAGCAGCAGGAGUUGUGCAGCCCAUUUCAGCACCUGGGUCACUGUUAGGCACACUAGUGCUUAACCCAGACAUGACUGUGUCAAUAGUGAUUCCAUCUGUUUGUGCUUUGACAUCCGGUCCAGGCUCAGCUCCGCCUGCUCCAGCACCUGCUCCAGCGCCCGCUCCAGCGCCCGCUCCAGCGCCUGCUCCAGCGCCUGCUGCUCCUGUGUCCAGUUACACCCAGAGGAACAGGCGCCGGCGGGCCCUGGAGACGGAAAGCGGAGUCCAUAAGAAGAAGUAUGUGCGAGGGGUUACUUUUAACACAUGCACUUUCCUGUAUAUAUAAAUAUUGUUUAUAUUAUAUGGGCCCACUCUUUUCACAUAUAUUUUUUUAUUAAUAUAAGUAGUACAUAAUAUCUUUCCUGCAUAUAUAUUGUUUAUAUUAUA